AUGCUGCGCCGCUCACUUUUUCGCUUCUUCACGCUGGCGGAGAGUCGGGCGAUGUUCCUCGAUGCGAACGGCACGCCGCUGCCGCGGCCCACAGCGACGCUCGCGGAGACGCUGCAGGUACUCGCGCAGCACCACCGCCGCGGGGACGCAGCAGUUACGCACGCGGCACUCGGUCGGUUGUUGUCGUUGGACGCCACUGACGAGGAGUCCGCCACGAUCGCGGCGUUCAAGGCGUGUACAACGCCCGUCAGUACCACUACUUCUACUACUACUACUACUACUACUACUCCCAGCAACAACAACAACAACAAUGGGGCCGAGAACGCCGCUUAA